UAAAUGGGGUCCAAGGGGAGAGAAACGCGUUAAAUUAGUUUUGGGGGAAACAAAGAGCUGGAGCAGUACAUAGAGGCGGAUACUGGAGAAGAGUUCACACGCAUAACUUUAUCAAGACCUCGUUCAGCACGGAAAUAAAAAUGCGUGGUUUAUUUUCCACCCUUGUUGUGGUUCUUGUGGCCUUAAUGAUCGUCACUACAGAGGCUGGAAAGAACAAGAAAGAGAAGAAUAAGAAUGGUAAGGGAGGUGGCGACUGUGCAGAGUGGCGCUAUGGCAGCUGCGUGGCCAAUAAUGGCGACUGUGGAACAGGCGUAAGGGAGGGCACCUGUAAUGAGCAGACCAGGAAAGUAAAAUGCAGAGUGCCCUGCAACUGGAAGAAACAAUUUGGAGCCGACUGCAAGUAUAAGUUUGGUAACUGGGGUGAGUGUGAUGCAGCCACGAGCACAAAGAGCCGCACCGGGACUCUGCUGAAGGCUCUCUUCAAUGUUGACUGUCAGCAAACCGUCUCUGUCUCCAAACCCUGCACCACCAAGGUCAAAAACAAAUCUAAAGGAAAGAAAGGAAAGGGGAAAGGGAACUAAAGAGAGCAGCAGAUCCAGAGGAACAGUGAACAUCCAAUGAUUGUCUGUCAUCCAGACACGGCGUCUUAAAUCUCUGCUCUGUGUUCUUCAGUAGAAGCUUGACUCUCUCCACUGCCACAACACACAUAGCUUGAAGUGUUUAUCUCUUGGGUUUGUUUAUGACAGAGUAAUUGACACGUUACAUGGCUCUCUUACAUUAUGACAGAAGUGGGGGGAUAAAAUGCCAUUGUUUACAGUGUGGUGACCUGUAGUUGACCCAUUCCGCUGAUGUCUCUCGCUCUCUCUCUCUCUCUGGCUCUCACAAUCUCGCUCUUUCCCUCGCUCGCUUUCUAUCUAUUAUGUGUUUAAGCCUCAGGCCUCUCAUUUGUUUCAGUCCACACGAUCAGUAGAACUCAAUCAAGUGCAUCUAUUUCAUAACUGUUUAACUUACAAAUCUGGUUUUGUACAAUUGUGUAAUUACAGGAUUAUUACUAGUGGGGUAUAUAAGUAGUGUUUGGAUAAGUCACCCUUCUUUUUGUAGCCUAAAAUUUUUAAAUUGAAGAGAGUGGUUUCAAAUAAAUGAUUUUUCCUUUUCUAUAAAA